AUGAAUAAAAUGCCACAUAAAAGACAUGUUGCAGUUCUUGCAUUUCCGUUUGGCUGCCAUGCAAAGCCUGUGCUUAACUUGGUGCGCAAGCUUGCAAAAGCUUCCCCAAACACACACUUUUCUUUCUUCAACACAUCGAAAUCCAACAACUCGCUGUUCUCAGAAUCAAAAUCCGAGAUUUUGGAUAACAUCAAACCCUACAAUAUAUCAGAUGGUGUUCCAACAGAUCAUGCCUUACCAAGAAACCCGCUAGAGGCAGUGGACCUUUUCCUCAAGGCAGCGCCUGAAAACUUCAAAACCUGCAUUGAAAAGGCAGUGGCAGACACAAACAUGCAGAUCAGUUGUCUAAUAACAGAUGGAUUCUUGGUCUUUGGUAGCCAGAUGGCUGAGAAUUUGGGUGUUCCAUGGAUUCCAGUUUGGAUUCCCUUACCUUGCACCCUGUCUGCUCACAUUUACACUGACGCUAUCCGCCAUAUAUAUGCAAUUGAUGUUGUUGAUCGUCAAGACAAGACACUAGAAACCAUUCCGGGUUUGUCUACAAUGCGCAUCGAGGACUUACCAGAUGAAGUACUUCCAAGUGAAUCUCUAUUCUCUGAAACACUCAGACGAAUUGGGCAAGUCCUCCCAAAGUCUGCAGCCGUUGUCAUGAAUUUCUAUCAAGAACUAGACCCCAUGUUUCUUGAAAAUGAUCUCAAGUCCAAGUUGCCCAAGAUGCUCAAUGUUGGUUUUCUCACCCUUUCGUUACCGCUACAGCCAUUACCUCCAUCAGAAACCGAUGCCUCGGGAUGCCUUUCGUGGUUGGAUGCGCAACGAGCUUCGUCUGUGGUGUAUAUUAGUUUCGGAACUGUGGGAGCUCCAUCUAGGAGUGAGCUUGUAGCUCUGGCUGAGGCACUGAAAGCAACUGGUGCACCAUUUCUUUGGUCUCUUGGAGACAGAUUUAAGGACGCACUGCCGUCUGGUUUUGUUGAAAGAACACAGAAGCAUGGGAAAGUUGUGUCAUGGGCACCCCAGGCGCAAGUUUUAGGGCAUAGCUCAAUAGGUGUGUUUGUGACUCACUGCGGGUGCAAUUCUGUUUAUGAAAGUGUUUCCAAUGGAGUCCCGAUGAUAUGCAGGCCAUUGUUUGGAGAUCACAAAAUGACUGCGAGGAUGGUCGAGGAAGUGUGGGGUGUUGGAGUCAAAGUGGAGGGCGGGGUGUUCACAAAGAGUGGAGUGAUCAAGAGCUUCGAGCGGAUUUUGGAAAAUGAAGAAGGGAAGAAAAUGAGGGAGAAGGCCAGAGCCCUCAGAGAGAUUGUAGAAGAGGCUGCUGGGCCUUCUGGGAGUGCUCCACCAGACUAUACAGCUUUGCUGGAUGUAAUAUCCAUCUAG